AUGAUGAUGUUGCGGUCAAUCUUCGGCCUUAUUUUGAUUGGUAAAAUUGCCUUGGGAGAUUAUUAUGGAGAUGAAAGUUCGCGGCUUUUCUUUGAUCCAUUCAAUUUUACACGUAAGUCUGGGAAGAAAUAAGGGGAAGAAUCUAGGUUUUUGAGAUUGGAAAUAUUUUUUAAAGAUGUGGAACACUCACAAAGUAAAAUGCUUACAAUUUAUACAGUGAGGGACCGGAUCCAGUAGCAAAAAACGUCCCCAAACCCUUCCCUUCUCUAAGCUAUAAAAAACUCCGCUUUGAAAAGCCCGCCUUGAAGGAAAGGGCGCGCUUUUCAAAACGGAGUUUUUUAGCUUACAAGGGAAUGGUCCCAACGAUCCGUGGGAUCCGCAAAUGAAACCUAGAUAUUCUGAAAGAGCAGGUAAAAUUUAGUAGGAGACGUUUUGGUCCCUUCCGGGAUGCAAAGUGGGACGUUUUUUGCCACUGGACCCGGUCCCUCACUGUAGACCAUUUUUCACAAGGAAAGUACUUUUAUGGGGGCUCCUACUUUUUGACGGGACAUAUCUCAAAAAAUCAGAAAAAAUGUGCUGAUCAAGGAUAUAUAAAUCUUAGCUGCCCAUUUUAGGUUUUUAGGGGUGAAAACUUAAUCGGAAGUUGACUUAAAGUCCUAUAUAAACCCCUUUUCGCUUGAUUUUUCACAGGUUUACAAUUUUUAUUUUGGCUUAAAAUGAUGUUUAUUGAGUUUCUAAGACGUAAUAAAUCAGUCUUGGCACAAAAAUUUAUUUUUCCGACCUUCAUCUUCAAAAAAAGUUUAUUUGGCCCAAAAGGGAAAUCGAACCCGUGCAGCGUCCUCCCCCUAGAUUCCCAGACUACGGCGCUAACCACUCGGCCACACCGCUCUCUCCGAAGGUAGAGACCGACUGCGCUUUUUAUCGUUUCGAAUGCCUGCGCCUUUUGUAGGGAAAUUAAGCCAGUUUUUGGGCAUUUUCACCCCUAAAAACCUAAAAUGGGCAGCUAAGAUUUAUAUAUCCUUGAUCAGCGCAUUUUUUCUGAUUUUUCGAGAUAUGUCCCGUCAAAAAGUAGGAGCCCCCAUAAAAGUACUUUCCUUGUCAGAAAUAAUUUUGGACCGCGUUAUGCAGAAAUAUUCGAAAAAUGGAAACGAGAAAAUUCGAAAAAAUUAUUUUCUCGGAAAUACUCUUCAACUAAUUUUCGAUUUUCAAAUUUUUUUGAGUCUGAACUGCGGAGAAACGUCAAAUUUUUUGCACUGUGCAGUAAAUUUUUUUUCUAAAACUGGGCAGUGCGUCGUGAAAAGUCAAAAGAUUUUUUUUAAACUAUGAAAUAACUAAAAAGUAAAAUGCAUAUUUAAUGCAUACAAUCUAUUCCAGACCUUGACUGUAUUCCUGAGGGUGCAUCCUUGCAAUACAAUUACUACGGUAAGAAGAACAAAACGGCCGAGGGAAUCCCUUGUAUCAAAUGGGCGGAGGCCAAAAAGUUGAUGAAGGGUGCAGUUGACCCGGAGAACGCGGUGUAGUAAGUCGAUUGACAAAGCGUCUUUUCUGAUUGAAGUUCAAAAAUUUUGAUGAUAUAAAAAAAUUCAGUUUCUUCGCUCAAGAAGAUGAAGAUCAUAAUCAAUGCCGAAAUCUGCGGCUAGACUCCUACAGACAAGUGGAUGAGGUCAGUUAUGCGAUUGGGCAUUUUUUUGUGGACAACCCGAGUACUCGAAAAGGCCCUUGGUGCUAUGUUAAGGUAAUGUCGGUCAUGCGUAAUAUAAUUUUUGCCUUUUUUGCCACAAAAUUGAUUUUCGGAAGCUUUAAACGUCCUGAAAUGAGUUUUAAUAGUCAAUUCAGAGUGUUUACCAUCUAUAUUAUGGUUAGAUGUUCCAUGUGUAAUAUAAUUUUUGUCUUUUUUUCCCUUAAUUGAUCUUUCAGGGGUCCAAAUUUCCAUAUAAUGCCUCUAGAACCCCAUCACGAUAAUUUUGUUCUCCUUUAAGAUUAAAAAGCCAGUAAAAAGCUGGUUCAACCAAUACAACCUCCCAGUCCAACCUUAUGCCUGCUUCCGAAAAUGUCCCGGAAAGAAGAUUGUAGAUGAUACGAAGACAACAACUACAACUCUAUCGCCAAGAGACUUCUUUCAUUACAACUUGGAGAUGAUUGGAAAUCUGACCGACUCUUUUUUCGAUGAGAUUAACUUCGGAGAUGCCGAGGCCUAUCUUAAUGUAAGUUUAGAUCAAGGAUUUUUUAUAUAUUGUAAAAAUAGGCUUGAAAUGAAAUUUGUGAAAGCUUAGAGGCAAAUUCCAAUUGAUUUUCCCUACAAAAUUGGUUGAUUUUCCCAAAAAUCAUUAAAAUGUUUGGAUUUCUCCUAAGGUUUCCUGUUAUAAUAUUUCAGCCAAAUAUGGAGUCCCAUCGGAAAAGAAGCGAAGAAUUCGAAAAGAAUCAAUAUCGUCUGCUCUAUGCAGGAAAUGGCCUUCUAAUUGUCGUAUGCGGAUUGUUGAUUUGCAGGAAGGUUUGUACUUAUAUAAAAAUGAAAAAAGAAGAAGAAACUGAAGAAGAGGAAGAAGAAAAUGAAGACGAGAAUAAUUCAAAAGUCACUCCAGGUCAAAGUGACUUGCCUGCGGCUUCAAAUAAUAAUCUGCCAGACAAUCCAGGUGAGAAAAAUUACAUUGCUUACCAGUUUUUUUGUGGCUUUUGCCUAGUGUAAUAUAAUUUUUAUAUUUUUAAAAUUUUUAGCAAAUAAUCCCGCUGCUUCGAGUCGUCCCGACAUUGCCUCUGCUAUCAACAACCCUGCGGCUACACCUGGCCCCGCUCCGACGAAUGAAGCCACUCCGAAUAAAGAGGCUGCUGCGGCUAAAUCGUGA